AUGGUUCCCAGCGGCUCGCCGAGCCCCGUCGAAAUCUACGAGGGCAACCUCAAUUCCGCCCAGGAGCUUGAGAGACUUUUCUAUCCUAUAUCGCAGCCAGACUUCUUGAGGUUGUGCGUCCAGUGCCUGCACAUGGCCGAGACGGGCGUCGGUAAACCGACGAAGCCAUACGGAGCAGUGAACGAGGAGCUGCGCAGCUACGUGAACGCCACUUUCGCCGAAGUCCUGCAGGCUUCGGGCGAGGAGAAGCUGUCGCACCUCGCCUCCAAGCUGCCGAUGGUCGACGUGGACCUGCUCGUCACUGUUGUUCAGGCCGAAGGUCUCGUGGCCAGGGACGUCAGCGGAAAGUCCGACCCAUACUGUGUCCUGCGCGUCGGUAGCUCAGACGCGCAGGUGACCACCGUCAAGAACAGGACAGUGUGCCCCAUGUGGGACGAAAGAUUCCGUAUUCGCAUCGCUGACCCGGGCUCAGACGCAUUUCAGCUGGCCGUUUGGGACAAAGAUCCGCGGACCGUCUGCGGCGUGUUCCGCGAGUUGCGGGACGUGCGCUCGUGCUUCUCAUGCCUGCACUUCCUGAGGGAGUUGUUCGAGACCGUGUGUUCUGUGGACGGUGCUGACGACUUCAUGGGUACGACAUCGCUCUUUGUCAACGAGAUACCCUGCACUGGCUGCGAGCAGUGGCUGCGUCUCGCGGACACGGGUGGUCGAGGAGCGUACGGCCGCAUUUACGUGAGACUCGCUUUCGAGUGCAAGACCCAGAAGCGACUCGACCGACAGACGGUUCUGCGAUAUCACUACUACCUCUGCCUCAUUUUCUUGCUACAACAUGCCUCGACGGUGGCGGAAGGUCUGCCUCUCACAUGGAUCCAGUGGGAGCAGUGUCUCGCGGAAGAGGGCCUCACGUUACUGUUUCGCCAUUCGCAGUACCACAACCUUUCAUGCGUAGAGCAGCAGCUGUGCCAGAUAACGGCUGUGGCGAACGUCGUUAGGUCUAAGAAGACAAGACUGAACUUUUCUGCGCUGUGCCACCUGUUGACGCAAAUCAGGACUUCGAUGAAAGAGACGAAAGACCAGCUCGUCGUCAACUCCUUGGAGGUGGUGGUCAAGGCCCUGACCGAUCCUUGUCUGGAACGCUUGUCUAGGAUGCACGAAAACUUUGAUUUUGCCAAGAAAUACCAUCGUAUUGAUUUGCUCGGGCUUCUGUUUUGCUGCGUUACCAUUGAAGCUCUCGUGGAGACGGAAGUUACGGACCCUGCUGGCGUAGAAAUACAGAAGGAUGCUUCAGCGUGGUACCAAAGUCUGCUGAAGCCAGAAGAACUGCGCGACGAUGAUGCGCUGACGUAUAUUGUUCUGAGAAUACUUUCAACCAUAGAGGCCUAUCACCAAGAGGCUGACCGAAUCUUUAAGGCUGCCUGGAACGAAACGUACACGCAGAUUGUGUACAAGGAACUGGAUGCCUUUAUUUGCCAAGCGUUCCAGACAAGAAUUGAGACUUUCUGCACCUCAGUUUUAGAUAAACCGACUGACGACGUCUCCCGCUCGAAAGCAGUGGAAGAGAGCUUGCGGCUUUUCUACAUCUUCCAAAGAUUUCGGAAGAAGGUCUCCAGUUCCCUGGUAACGAGUCGCGACCCCAUGAGAACUGACAAGCUCCAAGAUUGGUUCGGCUUCGACCUCAUACUACUGUGGUUCGAAAUGGCGAGAAGUCCCGUGUCGGGGUGGAUAUCCGAUCUCGUGAACAAGGACGACAUGACCCCGCUCGCCCGCAACGUGAAGUACGGGUCGGCCGUUCGAGACACAGUCGACAUCCUGCACAGCCGCUACGUUGAACUCUGGCGGAAACUCGAUACUCGCAAUUUUCGCUGCGUUCGAGCCUUCACCACGGCGGUGGCCGAAGACUGCAAGCACUUCGUGCGCGCCCUUUCGAGCCGUGUAGAGUCUGCCGGCUACUUUGACGUCGUCGGCGAGUUUGAAGUUUCUUCCCAGCUCUGCGUGGCCAUAAGCAGCUUCGCGCGCAUCGCAUCCUUCUUGCAGGAGACCAUUACGCAAGUGGACGCUGUGUGCCUGAACGAGUGCAGUGACAUUGCCGAGAGAGCUAGCGAAGCUCGUUUCCCUCUGGAACAAGCUCUGGACGCGUCUCUGAUGUCCAUGUCUCGCAUCUGCACCGAAGUGGUCGAUAGACUCGAACCGGAACUCCGCAAGAGGGUGUCUAACGUCUGCGACGCGAGCUCCAGGCACUUGCAAGACCGCGCCCUUCACGACCUCGUGCAGUACGUGGACGCCUGCAUAGGGACGCUUCACGACCACUUGGACGAGAUUGCGUUCAGAAAGAUGCUCCGACUCCUGUGGAGGUCCAACGUCAGCUCAAUCAGGAAAGAGGCGUCACUGGUCCAGGAAAAUUACUUGUAUCGUUUCACGACGGCGCCCUUGAGCUUCGCAGGGCUGCAGAGGGCGCUCUUUCAGCUGAGAGACGUGUUCCACGCCGGAGGCGCUGGUCUACCUGUAGAAGAACUGAACACUAAGUCUUACGCUGCCCUCGACAUCAAUUUGAACGAAGUAGUCCGCGCGUUAGAAGAGCACGACGUUCACUUAUCCAAAAGCGCUGGGGUAGUCAUAGUAUGA